GGGAGGCGCAACAAACACCCAUUAUACAUAUAUAGACCCAUAAAAGACUCCGAAAGAUUUCACAUCUCUCUGUCCCACGGAUGAAGUCUGAAGCAUCAUUUGCUCCUGAUGCUCCGGUAUCACUUUUUUAAGCACCAUUUAUUGAAUCAUCUGAAAAAAAGAUAAAAAUAUUAAGAGUAAUGGGGUGGAGUCGACAGAAACGGGGAAUUGAUGUCUUGAGAAAUGUUCUAUGUUUUUCUUUACUGACAACACCGACCACGUGCUCACUUGGAAACGGAACUGGAAGCAAAGUUCAUGAUCUUGACUUGCUUGAUGAAAUUUUAAAACAUUAUGAUAGAAGAGCCUUACCUACUGGAUCCCAAAGCGAACCAACAGUUGUAUCAUGCGGUAUAUUUAUAAGAAGUUUUGGAUCAAUAAAUCCAUCCACAAUGGACUAUGAAGUCGAUUUAUACCUGAGGCAAACAUGGUACGAUCAUCGUCUGAAACAACCUCAUCUUGUUAAGCCGCUUGAUUUAAAUGAUCCAAAAUUAGUGCAGCGUAUCUGGAAACCGGAAGUUUUCUUUGCAAAUGCCAAGCAUGCUGAAUUUCAAUAUGUUACAGUGCCAAAUGUUCUUGUUAGAAUUAUGCCAAGUGGUGAAAUUUUAUAUAUGUUAAGGUUGAAGUUGCGUUUUUCUUGCAUGAUGGAUUUGUAUCGAUAUCCCAUGGAUUCACAAGUUUGCUCAAUUGAGCUGAUGUCAUUUUCAAAAACAACUGAUGAACUUAAUUUGAAAUGGACAACUCAGCAACCUGUAAUGCUGUAUGACAAUUUAAAACUUCCCCAGUUUGAGAUUGAAAAAGUGAAUACGUCUCUUUGUCGAGAAAAAUUCCAAAUAGGAGAGUACAGUUGCUUAAGAGCUGAAUUUUAUCUUCGGAGAUCCGUAGGCUAUCAUUUAGUUCAAUCAUACCUUCCAACCAUUCUCAUAGUGGUUAUUUCGUGGGUGUCAUUCUGGCUGGACGUGAAUGCGAUUCCAGCCCGUAUCACCCUGGGAGUGACUACUUUGCUGACCAUAUCCUCCAAAGGUGCUGGAAUUCAGAGCAACUUACCUCCUGUUUCUUAUGUGAAAGCAAUGGAUGUGUGGAUGGGAGCGUGUACAACAUUUGUAUUUGCAGCCCUUCUUGAAUUUACUCUUGUCAAUUACAUGUGGCGGAAACGUCCUGAGACAUUACCUGGGCGAUCAAUGCCAAUAAUAACAGUUAAAUCAUCAAAGGCUGUAAUGGAUUCCGAAAAAGGUGAUGGCUCCAAUGUAUCUUCUCCUGUCCAAACAACAGCUCGUUUUGACACAAAACUUCACGCCAAGAGAAUUGAUAAGAUGAGCCGUGUAGUAUUUCCAGCGUUGUUUCUUGGAUUCAAUAUAGUUUAUUGGCUGUAUUUUAUGUAUUAAAUCAGACAAUAUCUGGUUUGAAAUUAUUUAUCCUCGUAAUACAUCAGUGAAGCAUAUCUAUUCCAUAGCACUAAAGAAACUCAAAUCAAAGCCUACUGCACUUAAGCGAGAUUCUUUUACCAUUUUAAAUUCCAUACUAAUAAACUUGUAGAGUGAUUUUGUUUUUAAGGAGAAAAAGGUUGCGAGUGUAGAUAAUAAUUUUGCCCCAUUUGAAGGUUUCCAGUUUUCCAUAGUUGGACUGAAAACUUUGCGUGAUUGUCGAGUUGCAAGCAAUAAUAUUCUCGGCAAUUUAGUUUAAUUCAACUUUAUUCCCGAACUCCUUUUUUAAAUUUAUUUUUUUUCGAUUUAUAUGUAUAGAGUAUUCUGUUUAGCGAAAUUUAUAAUUGAAAUUAUUAUUUUGUAUAGCGAAAUUAAUUAAUAAGUACAUAAAUUAAUUUAGUGCAAAGCACAUAAGAAAGUACAUAAAUUGAGUUAGAAGUAACGAGACAAGCACGUAUUUGCCUUGUUACUUCUCUAACUUCAUUUGACACUGUGGAAGGAUCUUGUUUGGAAAACUAUAGUAUAUCAAUUUAUGUACGUUCGUUUGUGCUUUCGCCACUUUGUUUUUGCUUUAAUCCAAUCUUAUUAAUUAAUCUUAUUAAUUAACGUUUGAAGUUUUCCAGUUUUUCAUAGUUGGACUGAAAACUGCGUGAUUGUCGAGCUGCUAGCAAUAAUAUUCUCGGCAAUUUAGUUUAAUUCAACUUUAUUCCCGAACUCCAUUUCUUAAUGUGUUUUUUUCGAUACAUAUGUAUAGAGUAUUCUGUUUAGCGAAAUUUAUAUUUAAGAUAAUUAUUUUGCUUAGCGAAAUUGAUCAAUAAGAUUA